CACACACACACACACACACACACACACACUGAUGUCUUCCCGGGAACUGGACUCAGGGUUCGGCAGAUCCUCGUCUCUGUUCGGUCGGCUGAUGGAGAAACGCCGGACUGUCAAGAAGUUCCUGUUACACCGUAUCAUCGCCGUGGGCCGGCUCUCCUGUGGACUCGAAGACCGGACCGAUGUUGCAGUUCACUUCGAGAGGCUGAAGGUCAGAGUUCAGAGGAGCCGUCCAGGUGAAGAGGUCACCGGUGUUCUGCUGCUUUACCCUGAACACACACUGAUCGUCAUUGAGUGUUCGACUGAAGCUCUGCUGUGUGUCCUGCAAGACCUGAGACACAGUGUCCUGAUCCUGAACCCCAGAAUCCUGCUGGUGACCCACGACCUUCACCGCCGACUCUUCCAGCACUGGAACUACACGCUGUGGAGCGAGAACCAGUCUGACGGCCGGCGGACCAUCGACUCAGACGACCAGACACUCGUGAGCGAAACUCUGAGUCGGGUUCUUCGGCUCGGGCGUCUCCUCCUCAACACAGCAGAACACAUGAAGGGAUCUAAAGUGAUUCCAGAUGAAGUCCUGCAGGACGUGUCAGAUGUGAUUCCUCCACAGGCCGCAGUGUGUCGUCUGGUCCAGAUGGAGGCGCUGUUGAGUCCUGAGCGCUACAUGAACAGAUAUCAUUCACCACUCCACCAGCCGCUGGACUCCGGACAUGUUUUCGGGAGUUUUCGUCCCACAACAGUGUAGGUUUGGAUUUAGGGGAGGUAUGACAUCAUGUUUUAACCCCUGCAUGCGUGCAUGUGAAGAAACGACCGUUUCAACCAGACAAACCACUUCUCAGAUGUUUCUCCCUAGAAAAACACCCCAUGAUAUGCAGCGAACAAAAAUAU